AUGGGAAAGGGCAAACGGGCACACACCAUCAGCAUUCCCAGCAUCCCGAGCAUCAACCUCUCAGCUCCAAAGACUUCAUUUGACCAUUCAUUCAGCGUCUCGCCACCAAGCUUUUUCCAAAAGAACAACGAUGCGAAGCAGAGUACAUCGCUCACGACGCAAAGUAUCGCCGAGGUAGAGCCACAACAAGUUCCCAAGCGUUGGACUCCACCACGCAAGCCCAAACGAUAUGACGACCUUGAACACAAGAUGGAAGCUGCACCUCUCUAUGUGCUUGUGCUUACCUAUCUCAAUUACUUUGUUCUUAUCCUUUUUGGCCAUAUGCGAGAUAUUCUCGGCAAAGUGUUUAAAGCACAAGCUUAUGUUCAUCUCAAGACUGUCAAUGGAUACGCGCCAUUAGUGUCCGAUUUCGACUCAUUCUAUAACCGCCGCUUGUACAUGCGUAUCCGGGAUUGUUGGAAUCGACCAGUGACCGGAGUAGCAGGUCGCACGAUUAAAUUGUUGAAUCGUGUGAGUCACGACUUUAACAAGACAUUCCAUCUGACGGGAACGAUCACUGAAACAUUGAACCUUGCAUCGUACAACUAUCUUGGAUUUGCAGACAACAAGGGCCCCUGUGCAGAUGCUGUUGAACAAGCUACCCGCCAAUAUGGUCUUGUCUCACCCAGCUCAAGGGCUGAAGCUGGUUCCACGCAUUGGCUUACUGAAUUAGAACGUCUCACCGCUCGUUACACUGGCAAGGAAGAUGCCAUGGUCGUUAGCAUGGGAUUUGCUACCAACUCUACAACCAUUCCUGCUCUCGUUGACAAGGGCUGUUUGGUCAUUUCGGAUGAACUCAACCAUGCAUCGAUCGUUUAUGGUGUACGUCUUUCCGGUGCAUCGGUGCGUGUUUUCAAGCACAACAAUAUGGAUGAUCUUCGUGAAUUACUUCGUGAAGUGAUUUCUCAAGGUCAACCUCGUACGCAUCGCCCCUGGAAAAAGAUCAUGAUCAUUGUUGAAGGUCUCUAUUCAAUGGAAGGCACCAUGGUCAAUUUGCCUGAACUUGUGGAGCUCAAAAAGGAGUUUGGUUUUUAUCUUUACGUCGACGAAGCUCACUCCAUUGGUGCAUUGGGCGAGAACGGUGGUGGCAUUUGCGACUUUUAUGGCAUUGAUCCAGCUCACGUGGACAUUUUGAUGGGCACAUUCACAAAAUCUUUUGGUGCUGCAGGUGGUUACAUCGCUGCUGACAAGCCUGUCAUUGAUCAUUUGAGAUUGCGCAACCAUGCUUACGCUUACGCUGAACCUAUGUCGGUCCCUGUUGCUAUGCAAGUCAUUACCACCAUGCGCAUUAUUUGUGGUGAAGAUGGCACUGACACAGGCCGCAAAAAGAUCAAGCAAUUGGCUGAAAACUCGCUUUACUUUGCAACCAAGCUUCGUGAAAUGGGCUUCAUCGUCUAUGGUGAUUAUGGUAGUCCCGUUAUUCCCCUGCUUCUUUUUAACCCUGCCAAAAUCCCUGCCUUCUCCCGUGAACUGCUCAAGCGUGGUAUCGCUAUUUGCCUUGGUGGUUAUCCUGCUACGCCGAUCAUUUCCUCACGUGCUCGCUUCUGUAUAUCAGCUGCCCAUACCAAAGAAGAUUUAGACGACGCAUUGGCCAAAAUUAGUGAAGUUGGUGAUCUCCUUAUGCUGAAGCUUGUCAAGGGCCAAAAGAAUGCUGAUAUCUAA